AUGGCCUGGUUCAAAAUCGCUGCUGGCGUUGCCAGUGUGCUUGCGAUAAUCCAGCCCAUCUCAGCUGCGCCCAGCCGUGAGAGCGCACUGCAAGGCUAUUGCCCUAUCAUAUACACUGAACAACCAGCAAACUGCCGUCCAAUUCCAGAAACAUUCCUUACUUUCUCGCCAAAGAGAUCAGACCCUUCUCCUGCUGAAACACAGAUUCUUGAAGAUGCUCUCAGUGCUCUUUCGACGUUGCAGGACACUUUUUUUGAACCAGACUAUGCGACAUGGCCCUCUGCUAUCGAUUGGACUGCAGCUGUGGCGGGAACAGUUGUAGCUGGAAUGCUGACGACUUUAUCGAAGGCCAUCAACACUGUCGAUCUGGCUGGUGUUCAUGAUUGGAGAGUGAAGGAGAACAUUAUUGCGACUUUCUAUGCACAACUCGUCGGGUCAUACUUUGGACAAGAUGUCUUGUCGCUUCGAGGACAAGCCUAUGAUGACAUUCUUUGGGUGGUUCUCGGCUGGAUCGAAGCCAUCAAAUUUGUCAAUACGCACGCCGACCUUCACUAUCCCAAGGUCAAACCACAGGGAGCCACGCCUGAUAGUCUAAGAGGUGUAAUUGAUGCUAUGCCAUGGCAAGGCUACAACUGGUUCUCAUCAUUUGCGCACCGCUCUCGCAUUUUCUGGAACUUGGCGACUCACGGUUGGGAAACGAAACUCUGCAAUGGAGGCAUGGUCUGGAAUCCUCGUCUGAACCCUUACAAAAACGCCAUCACCAACGAACUCUGGAUUUCUGCCUCAAUUUCCAUGUACCAACACUUCCCUGGUGACAACUUCACUGCCCCAUGGCUCAACAACGUUGCGUUUCCGGAUAACGACCCGGCGCAUCUUGAGGCAGCCAUUGAGGGAUACAAGUGGCUCAUAGACGUCAACAUGACCAACUCCCGCGGCCUUUUCGUCGAUGGAUAUCACAUUGAUAGUAGCAAACCCGGCAACACAAAGUGCGACGUUCGAGACGAGAUGGUGUACACGUACAACCAGGGUGUCUUGCUAACAGGCCAAAGAGGACUCUGGUCUGUCAGUGGUAGUGCAUCGUACCUAGAAGAUGGUCAUCGCUUGAUUCAAUCCGUGAUCGAAGCGACGGGAUGGAAUUUGAAAGGUGGUAAGCCCGUGGAUGAUACAAGCCGCCUAGGUCCCGGCCAGUUACCGCCCUGGCGUGGGCUUGGGAGAGGAGGAAUCUUGGAAGAACAAUGCGAUGCUAGCAGCACCUGCUCCCAAGAUGGCCAGGCAUUCAAGGGUAUCUUCUUCCAUCACUUUACAGCAUUCUGCAGCCCGCUUGAACCUCUCAGGGGUCGAAAAGGCAGGAUAGUUGAUCCUCAUGGCUUUAAGAAAGUCAAGUCUAUCCAUGCGAAAGCUUGCACAUCGUAUUUGGUCUGGGUCAAGCACAAUGCCCUGGCAGCACUGGAAACCCGAGAUGAUGCUGGUCUUUUCGGCAUGUGGUGGGGUGCUGGUGUCUUUGACGCAAGCGUCACGUUGGACAACGACGGCAUCAAGCACGACGCCGAAAACUCAACUGAUUACCGUAACCGAGGAACGCCAGCGGGUGAAACGUGGGGAGGACGCCACAGGUGGCUUCCAGGAACAGGAGGCUUGUCACCGUUGGAGUCAAAACCCGAUCAGCAGGUUAUGGACGUUGCUGGGGAUAGACUCCUUCCCAGGGCUCGCGGGGUAUCAGCUCGAGAAGUGAAGGAUCCCAAUGCACGGGGUCGAGGUCGGACUGUGGAAACGCAAGUGGGAGGAAUCGCAUUGCUUAGAGCAUUUUGGGAACUUUCUCGGUCAUUUUGA